AUGAGCGGCUUCAGUUUCGGCGCGGGGGGAGGGUCGACGGGCGGCGGGUUCAGCUUCGGAGCGUCCUCAGGCGCGGCGGCGUCUCCAGGAGCAACGGCGCCCGCGUCCGGCGGUGGGUUCUCGUUCGGGGGCGCCCCCGCGUCUAGCGCGGGCCUGAGUUUCGGCGCGUCGCAGGGCAAUGCCUCGGGAGGCGCGGGCGGCUUCUCCUUCGGCGCGGGCGGCGCCCCGGCGACGAGCACUCCAGCCAGCAGCGCGGGCUUCAAUUUUGGCGCCUCUGGAGCGCAAACCUCCACAGGGGGCGCCGGAUCUCUGUUCGGAUCCGCGUCGUCCGGCGCCGCUUUCGGCGCCCCUGCGUCGAGCGCCGCGGCCGCACCCUCGUCCACGCCCAGCCUGGCGUUCGGCGCCUCGCAGCCCGCGAGCUCCGCCAGCCCGUCCACCGGCUUCGGCUUCGGCGCGCCCGCGUCGCAGGCCGCGCCGUCCUUCGGGUCCUCGCAGCCCGCCAGCAGCGCCGCGCCCGCAUCGUCGGGGGGGGGGUUCGGGUUCGGUGCAGCGUCGUCCGCGCCUGCGGCGUCGUCAGGGCCGGCGCUGGGCUUCGGCGCGAAUCCCGCGACGUCCGCGGGGGGCACCGCGCCGGCGUUCGGCGCGUCCUCGCAGCCGGCGAGCGGCGGGCUGUCGUUCGGGGCGGCAGGCGGCGCGUCCUCGCAGCCAGCGAGCAGCGGCGGACUUUCCUUCGGCGCAGCAGGCGGCGCGUCCUCUCAGCCAGCGAGCAGCGGCGGACUUUCCUUCGGGGCGGCAGGCGGCGCGUCGUCGCAGCCAGCGAGCAGCGGCGGACUUUCCUUCGGCGCAGCAGGCGGCGCGUCCUCUCAGCCGGCGAGCAGCGGCGGACUUUCCUUCGGGGCGGGGCAGCCCGCGACGCCGGCGGGGCAGACGGCGGCGCCCGCGGGCGUGCAGGCGAAGCUCCCGAGCAAGAUCAAGGGGCUGACGGUGGACAACAUCGUGGGCGCGUGGACGCGAGAGAUGGAGAACCACUCCAAGGCGUUCGUCGAGAUGGCUCGGCGUCUGAGUAAACAGGACGAGGCGGUUCUGCGUUCCCGGCAGGCGCUCAUUUCGCUCGAGGGCGAGGCCGACGGCGCCGUGCGCGUGCUGAACAAGCUGCAGCAGAUGAUCGGCGCGCUCGAGCAGCAGCAGGCCGACGUCGAGGUCGCGCUGAACGAGAUCCGGCCGCGCGCCGCGAACCUCUACCGCGCCGAGACGCAGCAGUACCUCGACAGCGAGGCGCAGCAACGCGACGCGCUGUACGACCAGGCGAUGCGGGUGUGCCAGGACCUGCACUCGAUCCAGUCGCGGCUCAACGAGAGCGUUGACGCGGUCAACAAGGUGACGGAGACCGCGCUCAAGGAGCAGGGCUCCGCGCUGCCCUACAUUGAGAGUGUGGUCUCCAACCAGCUGAGCACGCUCGAGCGGAUGGACAAGCGCGUGAGCGAGCUCGAAGAGAGCCUCACGGGCGCGGAACAGAACCUCCAAGCGGGCGCGAUGGGGCGCGGGAGACAGUAG